AUGUACGGUCUGCUGCUAGAAGGAUUAAAACAGUAUCUGACCAAGUCGUAUGGCGAAGAAUUGUGGUGGGAUGCCUUCCAGGAAGUUUGCGGGAAGCAGAAAGUUAUUCAGACCCAUGGUGUGUACCCAGAAUCCUGGUUGCCUCGUGUCGUUACUGCUGUAUCGCAGCUGACUGAUAUUCCAGAAGAGGAUAUCUAUUUCGAAUAUGGCUAUUUCUUUACAAAUUUUUUGUCCUUAAUGGGAUACGAGAAACUACUCAGUGUUAUUGGUGAUGGAUUUCCACAAUUCAUGAAUGAACUUGAUGAUUUACAUCACCAUCUGCAGAUGAGCUACCCCAGAAUUCGAGCACCAGCUUUUGUGGUCUCCGCCAUGACGAAUACCACAAUGGAAGUUAUUUACUGUAGUAAACGUGAUUACUACCCUCAGUUUGUUCGGGGACAACUGACCGCAAUUGCAAUGUUGCUUUUUAACCUUGACGUUGAGGUUGAACUUAUUGGAAGAGAAAAAGAGGACACACUAAAUAAGUUCACCUUUCGAAUCACUAACAAAAACGGUGUGUGGACGGACAACACAAAAAAUUCGAUCGAGGUCACGUCAAAAUCUGCACUGCACAUUUCGAGCGAGCCGUUUUUAGCUAUUUUCCAGUUUCACCUUCUAUUUACGGAAAAGCUCGAAGUUGUUAAUCUUGGCAGAGGAUUUAAAGAAUUUGAGGAGGUUACGGUGGGGAGAUCAGUGUUCGACAUUUUUAUUCUCAGUCGCCCGAAUAUUGAAGCCGUAUUUUCCGAGCAAAUCCAUACAAGCAAACAGUUGGAGAAGAGUAUGAGCCGAGUUGAGAAGCUCCGGAAACUAACUGACGAACUACUCUUCCAGUGUAUUCCAAAAGCCAUCGCCAAACAAAUUCGAACCGGUACGCCGGUGCUAGAAACAAUCCAACAAAUCCAUACAAGCAAACAGUUGGAGAAGAGUAUGAGCCGAGUUGAGAAGCUCCGGAAACUAACUGACGAACUACUCUUCCAGUGUAUUCCAAAAGCCAUCGCCAAACAAAUUCGAACCGGUACGCCGGUGCUAGAAACAAUCCAAGUGGAGACCAUUAAUGACACUUACAUGCUGGUAUCUGGCGCACCACACCGCACCCAACUCCAUGCACCGCACAUUGCCGAGAUGGCUCUGGAGAUUCUGUCGGCAACACAAAAAGGACCAUUCUGGAAAACAAAACAUCCUGAGAGCGAUACGAUGCCAUGUGAAUCCAGCAAAGUGCAGCUUUUGAUUGGAUGUCACACAGGUCCCAUUGUUGCCGGGGUUUUCGGUCACAAUGCUCCCCGAUAUCGUCUCUUUGGUGACACGGUUAAUAUCGCCAGUCGAAUGGCAAGCACAAGUUUGGGCAAGGGUGAAAUGGAGACAUUCCAUAUCGAAGGGCGAAAUACAGAGUUUACGAUUACUGACGAAGUGUCCAGGGAAAACAAAGAUUUCGGUGAAGUCCUAAGAGAGGAUUGUGAACUUUCGGACGAUGAAGUUGUAGAUUCAACUACAUCAGAUGAUUCGGUGGUUGCAACGGAAGAAUCCGAAAACGAACGUGAAAGCCGAAGUUCUGGAUUGCUAGACCCUUUGAUGACGACGGGAACGAGUGUUCCAGCCAAAAGACCAGACUCACCUGUUUAUGGACGGUCGAGAUGCAUACAAAUCAACACGGACAGCAAGCAGCAAGUAAUAAAAACUAGUGGUGGUGAGGAUAAGAGCAAAAGUUUGCAGAGAAACGGUAUUGUUGGGCAACUUCAAGUAAAUUCACUGCGGCCUCCAUCGUUAGAAAUGAUGGCAAACAACACAUCCAUUGAGCGUGAAUCAAGGAUUGUUGAAGGAAAACAGCCCUCAUUAUCAUCCAUUAUCACGGUGUUGAACAAAAAGGAACCAGAGACCCAAUUAAACACAACCCCAGGAAGCCUUGUUGGAAAAUUUCAACAGGACUGUCCCCAAAAACGUGAAAAGGCACCCUUACAUCUGGACGAGAGUACACCAAAGCAAGUAGGGGAUCCUGCACCGAGUUCGAGGUCUGGUGAUAAAGUUUCACUAAGCGGGACUCAAAUUUCAGCAGACUUUCUGCCACCCACUGACUAUAAAUUCAGAGCCAGUGAACUCAGUAACGACACAGAG